UGGACCCGGAGGUUGUUUAGGACCCUUCGGGGCCCCUCCGGGAAAGCAACACACCGCUUUGGCCCCUGCUUCCCAUAGACGGGUGAUCCUGGAAGGCCCGGCCAGGACUAUUCAGCUAGUCGCCACCUCCCUUUUCAUUGCUUUCUCUUUCUCUACUUCUUCAACCCCUCUCUUUCCUUUUUCACCUUCUUUGGCGGCAAGGGUCAACCUUGGGCAGUACUUCUUCCUUUAGAAAACUGCACUCGGGUAUAGUGCAGAGGCAGUGUUAACGUGUGGGACACGUUCCCUCGUUGGGCUCCAUGGUGGGUGACACACUUCUGCACCGAAUCACUUCCUCCACUUUAUGGAUAGCACUCACUCGAAAAACCCUGAUCGGCGCCACAAAAGGCACCGCACCGAAGUUCAAACGUUGCAGUUCUUCAACUCCACUGCAGAACCAUGGUUCCCGAAGAUUCUCAUCCUUCAGGCUGAGGAUCAGUCAAAAGCACUAGCUAGUAUAUCUCCGUUCCUCGUUGCUAAAACUCUUGAACAAGUCAUUGGUAAAGCAUACAAUGCAAAAAAAUUGAGAACUGGUGACAUCCACAUUGAGGUACAGAACCGGCAACAGAGCUCAGCACUGUUGUCGCUAAAGCAAAUUGGUGAUAUUCCAGUCUUAGUGACUGCGCACCGCACGCUCAACACAGUCAGAGGUGUUAUCUCUUGUGAGGAGCUACUGCAGUGCUCCGAGACAGAGAUCGAGGAGGGUUUAAAAGACCAAGGGGUGAUCAGUGCCAAACGAAUAUCCAUCCGCAGGGACAACAAGGAAAUACCUACCAGGCACGUCAUAUUAUCUUUCCAGUUGCACACACUCCCCACAGAAAUAAAGGCUGGGUAUGUAAACUGUCACGUCCGACCUUACAUACCCAACCCACGUCGAUGUUUCAAGUGCCAGAGAUUUGGCCACCAUUCCCAAGUGUGCCGUGGACGCCUGAUAUGCCCCAAGUGCGCAGGUGACGGCAAUGACCAUACUCCAGAGUCAUGUAAGAACACUUUCCGUUGUGUCAACUGCGAAGGCAACCACCCAUCCUAUUCAAGAAGCUGCCCACGUUUUAGCGAUGAAAAAGAAAUCUUGAAAAUUAAGACUGUACAGCAGCUCACCUACAAAGCAGCGAAAACGCAACUGGAGUUUCAGAAAAAAGGAUCUUUCUCUGAAGCGGUGCGCCGGGGAGUGGCAUCGCUCAGAGUAUCCGUGGGGACCCAAACUUGUGGGCCUCCACUCCACACUCCCCAAACACAAGAAAAGUCUGCGGAGAGUUCGUCUCCGCCGGCUCCCGCCACAAUCUCUACGGAGGUUGAUGGUGCGUUUUCAGUUUGAGAUGGGCUCACUGGGAGCUCAUCCCAGACUGCCACACACUCAAUGGAGCUUGACGACGAUGACUGCAUGUCGCAGAAAUCGUCGUCAAGUCUUCCAAGUACUCUAGACCAGAGAGCUCCUUCUCAAGGGAAGGAGCAAAGAGAAAAGCACGGAGGUCGCGGUAGAGGCAAGUCGAAGGAGAAACAGAGGCUUCCCCCGCCAAGGGUCAUACCCCCUUAACACACAAUGUACAGAGUCCCUCUGCUCUUUCCAAUUUCCAUUCUAAUUAUGGGACAGGUAUUCCUUCAGUGGAACUGUCGAGGCCUCUACAGCAACAUUGAUGAUGUACACGAUCUUUUUGAAAAGUACACAGCCGUCUGUUUCUGCCUACAAGAGACAUACCUACACGAAGAAAACCUAAACCCUUUCCGCCGACAUAAUAUUUUCAGGAAGGACCGCACAGACAGCGCACGUGCAUCUGGUGGUGUGGCUGUAGUCCUUCCACAGUGCAUACCUGCAAAACAUUUUCCGCUCGUUACAGACUUGGAGGCAGUAGCAGUCGAAGUAUGCCUCGACAGGACUUUCACGGUUUGUUCACUGUACCUGCCCCCAUCAGUGGUAAUAGAGCAAAGAGAUUUCGAAGACUUAUGCAAUCAACUCCCCCAGCCGUUUAUGAUUUUAGGCGACCUGAAUGCCCACAAUCCUUUGUGGGGAAGUUCAAAACUAGAUGCACGGGGCAAAAUGUUGGAGAGGGUCCUCCUUUCGGGGUCACUCUGUCUUCUGAAUACUGGGUUACCUACAUAUGUGAACUCUUCAACACAAAAUUUCUCUUGCAUAGACAUUUCACUAUGCAGCCCAUCCAUUUUCCAGUUUCUUGACUGGACAGUCGAACAGAAUCCCCGAGGUAGCGACCAUUUUCCGCUCAUUAUUAAAUUUCGUGGUCACACUAACAACAUAAGAACACGUCCACCACGGUGGAAAUUACAAGAGGCAAAUUGGGAAAUAUUUGAAAGAGAAGCCAGUUUCCCAUCUUCUGCUUUUCAGGGUUUAAAUGUUGAGGAGGCAAAUAAGUUGAUCACUCAUACAAUUAUAAAUGCCGCUGAACAGUCCAUUCCACAAACAUCUGGCCGACUCCCCAAGCGCUCCAAGCCUUGGUGGACGAGCGAUUGUGGAAGCACACGCAAAGAACAAAACCGGGCGUGGGGUGUCUUUCAACGGCACCCCACUACAACAAACCUAAUUGCUUUCAGGAGAGCUAGAGCAAAAGCACGUUGGACGCGAAAGCAAGCAAAGAAAGAAUCUUGGAGAAACUUCGUAUCAUCCUUAAAUGCUACAACUCCAUCAAAAAUAAUAUGGGACAGACUAAAGAAAAUAAAGGGCGACUGUACAAGCUUCUGUGUGCCAUUGUUAGAAAUAAAUGGUACAGUAUGUCAAAGUAUGGAGGAGCAGGCCAAUGCCCUCGGGGAACAUUUCCAACAAGUGUCAAGUUCAUCGCAUUACAGCAGAGAUUUCCUAAAAAUUAAAUCAUCUGCUGAAAGGCAAGCAAUUGACAGUGGGUCAGAUGAGAAGUGUGGUUACAACUCACCUUUUUCAAUGGCGGAGCUACAAAGGGCUCUGUCAUCCCCUAAAAACUCAGCACCUGGACCUGAUCGCAUAGUGUACUCCAUGCUUAAACAUCUGUCUUUAACUUCAUUAAAGUAUCUCCUGGAUUUCAUUAAUUUUAUCUGGCGAGAAGGUGUUCUCCCUUCUGGCUGGAAGGAGGCAACCAUAGUUCCACUGCUGAAGCCAGGGAAAGAUCCCUCGCACCCAUGCGGUUACCGACCCAUAGCGCUGACAAGUUGUCUGGGGAAGACCUUUGAGCGCAUGGUCAAUAACCGUCUUAUGUAUUUUCUAGAAGAAAAUAAUUGUUUAGAUAAAUACCAGUGUGGCUUUAGAGCUGCGUGCUCAACAGUCGACCAACUUUUGCGUUUGGAGACUACGAUUAGAGAAGCCUUCGUCAGGAAACAGCACUGUAUGUCUGUUUUCUUCGAUCUAGAGAAGGCAUACGAUACAGCAUGGCGAUAUGGUAUCCUUCGAGACUUGCAUGCACUUGGUAUACGUGGCAGAAUGUUCCAAUGUAUUACCAAUUUCCUACAGGGGAGAACUUUCAGGGUACAAGUUGGGACAACACUAUCUCGUCCAUUCAUCCAGGAAAAUGGUGUCCCGCAGGGGUCCGUACUUAGCGUGACCCUUUUCAUCGUAAAAAUGAACUCUAUAGCAAGUGUUAUCCCUACAACAAUCAAGUAUUCAUUGUACGUCGACGAUGUUCAGAUUUCUUAUUGCUCCUCUAACCUAUCGGUGUGCGAACGUCAGCUACAGCUAACAAUAAAUAAGCUGGUUAGAUGGUCUCAGGAAAAUGGCUUCAAAUUCUCUCCCGACAAGACAGUUUGUGUUCGUUUCUCGAAGGUUCGGGGAAUGUUCCCAGAGCCCACCCUUUCUAUGUGCAACCAAAGUAUAAGCGUGAAACCUGAACACAAAUUCCUCGGUCUUAUUUUCGACGAAAAACUGUCUUUCUCGGCUCACCUGAAAACUCUCAAGAAAAAAUGCAUUAAGUCUUUGAACAUUUUAAAGGUACUCUCACACCGAUCAUGGGGCGCAGAUCGCGAUACAUUACACCGGAUCUAUGUCUCCACUGUCCUUUCAAAACUUGAUUACGGUUGUGUGGUGUAUGGGUCAGCACGGCCUUCUACUCUGAAAAUGUUGGACCCUGUACAUCACCUGGGACUGCGCCUGGUACUUGGAGCAUUCCGGACCUCGCCAGUCGAGAGUCUUUACGUAGAAGCCAAUGAGUGGUCUCUCGAAAGACGGCGGUUCUACCUGAGUACGUCAUAUGCAUUAAGGAUUAGAGGUUACCCACAAAACCCGGCGAUCCCUGCUAUAAGAGAGACACAAUAUAAACAACUCUUUUUGAACAGACCCUCAGCGGUAUUGCCAUUUAGUAUGCGCAUGUCGCAGGAAAUUGAGCACUAUGGCUUUUCAGAAUAUAACUCAUUGAUCCUUGAGUGCAGCAAAAAAAUCUCACCAUGGCAACCUUAUCCAAAAUGUGAUAAAUCACUGACCAGAUUCGACAAACGUGAUACGCCAAGCAUUGUAUUGAAACAGGAAUUCGAGCACCUAAAGAGAACCUUUGGCAGCCAUAUUGAAUUCUACACUGAUGGAUCAAAAACAAAUACCAGGGUUUCAUGUGCUAUGGUUACUGGAAUAGUUACACGUUCACACCGUCUAAAGAGCACCAUGUCUAUUUUUACUGCUGAAGUGUAUGGAAUAAUUUUAGCCCUGAACUACAUCCUACAAAAUCACAUAAGAUCCUCAGUAAUAUACACAGAUUCCCUCAGUUCUCUGCAGGCUAUUUGUAACAUACACCCCACUAAAAACCUGGUAGUUGCUCGUGCAAGGAGCCUGGCAAGCACUAUAGCUAAUAGGGCCUAUCAGCUACUCUUCUGCUGGGUACCCAGUCAUGUUGGGAUACGUGGCAAUGAGCGAGCUGAUCAUGCUGCUACGGCUGCGCUAAUAAGUGACAUAACCCCUUUCGAAAUUCCAUAUCAAGACCUCAAACUAUGUCUAAAAAGAUGCAUCAAUAACGACUGGCAGACAUCUUGGGACCAGCAAACCAAUAAUAAAUUACACAGUAUCAAGCCCUAUGUAGGCUCCAGUUCACCUGGUAUGUCCAGUCGACUAUAUGAAGUGCUAUCGUCUCGCCUUCGUUUGGGACACACAUACUUGACGCAUGGGUAUCUUCUUCGAGGAGAAGACCCACCGGAAUGCAACCACUGUGGGAAACAGCUUUCAAUCAUUCACAUCCUCAUCACGUGUCCAGCGCACCAACAUCUUCGUCAACAUCAUUUUGCUCCUUUUUAUAGAACCUUCUUGCCCCUCCACCCAAUGCUUCUGCUGGGUGAUGACAGCUUUGUUCCUUUUGAAAACGUAUAUAGGUUUUUUAAAGAUACUGGGUUUUUAAAGCAUCUGUGAUUUUAAAUACUAAUGCACAGUUACUCACAUUUUAGUCCUACACACGUACCUUUUAACUAACUAGUCUUCAGUGGUAUUUGGCGCAUUAUGGCCUUUGUAGCUGAUGCGCCAAUAAAACCCGAAUCAAAUCAAAUCAGCGCACUCAACAAGGGCUCAACGCACUCAGCAGGCACUCAACACAAUCAGCAACCACUCAAGCACCCAACCACUCAGCAUUCACAUCCCAUCACUGGAACCCCCAUGGAUCGCAGCGCUCUUGCUCCCCCCAUCCCGCUGCUGCUGCAUCAACAGCCCGUUUUUCACAUGACCUUAUAAAAAUGCAAGAACACAACUCACUUCACGGCAUUGCCAACAGCGGGCUCUUUCUGGCGCAAAAGAAUCUCAUCGCCGUCUGAAAAGACAUGGUCCGAGCGCGCCACCACGAACGUAUUGAAGCAUUUAUUGAACACCUAAUAUACGACAUAACGGUUAACUGAACACCGGCUCACAUACCUCCACAGUCGCGCGUCUAGUUGCCUCCUUGAAAUUGAUUCCGCCAAGGCCGCGAUAACAUCGCGCAGCUUGAACUCACUGCCUUCUACAACGACAGUCUUUCUCUCGUUUCAUGUGACUAGACAGUCUCUGAAAGACAUUGUGGACUAUGGUUACAGCUCGCCGCAGUGGCGCUCGUGACACUAACUUUGCGAACGCCAAGACACAGCCAACGGACAUACGAGAAACGCUUCUCUGAAAUCCCGGCGUCUCGGCGCCUCAGCCUGGGCUGUUUAGGCAGCCGUCAUUUCAGGUGUUUUUCAGGCUUUAGAGCAUUAGAGCUCAUAUGCCUACACCCAUUAAUGGGGGGGGGGGGGUGACGUUGGGCCACAGGUCACUGUUUUCGUUCCUGUAAAUAAGACUCAAAGGACGAACAUCAGUGAAAUGUCAUGCACUCUUUGUAUGCAGUGUUCAUUUGUGCAAACUCUCGCAAAGAGGGCAAGACCGCAUUUUCCAGCAUACACCAUUCACUCACAGAUUCAUACAAGGUAAUUUAUGUUCUGCUAUUGCCCCUGGAUAAAUAAAUUUAAGUGAACUGAAAAGAACAAAAGACACAUAUGUUAGCUAUUUGUAGGCUGUACGCCACGACAGUCGCCCUUCUUUUACUGGCUUUCAGGGCUUUACCACUCGACAGCGGCCACUCUUUCAUACAAAAGAAAGAAAAAAAAAGGAAUAAGAGAGGAUAUACAUUCUGCGCCCCGUGCCAAGACAGUUUCUUGGGCGCCUGCACUCAUUUCUACCCUCCUUCGUUCCUCUCUGAGCUGAGUUCUUCGGAGCUCUGAAGGGGGGGAGCAGAUGUGGAGCCCCCGACAGAGGACUACAAUGCUGGCCGGCUACUCUCGCGCACCACUAACGGCACACGAAUAAAAUCAUUUCUUCUGUCAACCUUCUACCCCGCUGGUUGUCUUUUCUCUUCUUGCCUCUUGUAAUGAUUCACCGCUAUAUACUGCUGUGUAUAGUCUGACUGUAAUACCGAGUUUCAAAGAUUUACGCUGCCAUGCAACUAUGGUUAUGAAGAAAUGAAGAUUUCUGCCACAUUCUUUGAGCCGAGCAUUGCUGUGAGUUUGACUUAGAGCACGCAGGGCCAUAGCCUUGGCAUUGGGCUGAUUUUUUUCGUCCUUAGAGCACUGCUGGCGCAUUUAGUGGUCGCGAAGAAAGUAUUUUUCUCGCAAGUGACGCGCACUUCACCAUUUUUGAGGAGCACACUUCCUUGAAGAUUGACGCCGUGAUGCGUCCCUUACGAUGGGUCUUCCACUCGUCGUUUAUGGCCUUCGUCGCUUAUGCGCCAGGAAAACCUGAAUCAUCAUCAUCAUCUUCCACUCGUCGCAUUCAUGUUGCCUACGCGUUGCCUCUUCAAUUUGAAGACAGUCCUGUUCACUUAUGUUAAGGCUAUUGACGACGCUUGCACACAGGUCUAUCGUGUUCUCAUUGGUAUGUCCUCUCCUUCGCAGCCCCCUCACUGUCAGCGAGCAUUACGGCGAGUCCAAAACGAUGUCAAUUGCCGCUGGUCCAUCAGGAAGGUCAUCGUUAUCUGAAAGAUCAUCACCACUGUCUGAGGCACUGUCCACCUGUGCAAGGAAUGGGGCAAAGUCCGGACCCAGCUGGUGUGUUGCUUCUCGAGGCCUCUUCUUCUACGCGACCUCUGUCCGUUUAUGGGCGAAUAGCAGUUGAUCUGCUGGUACAGGUUGAACCUAAAAUAAGAUAUGGAAAUUGCAAUGCCUUAGCUAAAAACGCUUCAAGACGUAAAGCUAAUAAAAUUUCCAAGGCAAAAAACAUUGCAAAGAAUGUCUCGUGCUGCACCUUUUUGAGGCAAGGCACAACCCACUUGCAAGGCUGGUCAGUUGGUCCAGUGGAUUCUGUCCUCUCCUUGUGCCACAUUCCUAUUGUGAAGCACAAGGCUGCAGCACCUGCCCCACCUGCACACCAUUUAAAAUCAUUCAGUAACAGCUCUUCAUUUACUGUAGAGUUAUGUACCUAUCCUGCCAUGCAUGUACAGUAUGCACCAAGGAUCUUGCCCUCUGCUGUAGCUGCCAGCCAGCAGGUGUAUAGACUUUCACUUCUUUGUGAUGGGCUCACUUCACCUCUUAUCACGAUCGUGCCGGUUCUUGGGCAAGCACAUUGUAAGCUAUGUACUUUGCCUGCGAAAGAAAAUUAUUCAGGAAAGAAACACUGACGUUCCUGGCAUAGCUAGGGAGUUCCAUUCCAAUUCUAAACAAUACAUUCAGCCCCCCUUAUAUCUCCAACACAACAACUCUCAAAAGGCUUUCGUCACAACUCGCUAUGGUGUUGCCUUAAAGGUGCGGUGCUGUCAGGAACCCCGCAGGGGGCACCGGCUUCGGCUGGUGUUUGGUGAGUGGCGCCACCACGGACCCCAGCCCCCAGUCCCAAGGUGUUAUCCGUACCGUGCUGAGGGGAUGUAAGGCGAAGGGUAGAAGCCUUGAACGGUGGCGGUCAGGGUCUCGGUCAGGCCCUGGCCGAUGGGUUUUCUGAAAACUCCGGGACCUUCCCACAUGUAUGGGCAUGAAGUGUGGGUGACCUUGAGGAAUGCCUAGUUAUCAAACCCGUAUGGUUAAAUAUUUCUCUUCUUCUACGAUCGGGGGCGGCAAACGUCCCGGGACCGAAGUUUCCAAACCAAAUGAACAAUUUUUCAAGUCCAAAUACAUCGUGUUACCUUCCACUUCCUCGGAAGAAAAAAAACGUGUACCACUUGGGAAAAUGUCACCCUUCUUUAUUGAGAAGGCGGUGUCUUCCCUAUCGAAAAACAUCACCGAAAAAAAAAAAAAACUGCGAUCUGGUGACCUUCUUAUCAAGUGUACGUCAGAGACUGAUUGCAAAAAGAUUCUGAACACAAGAGAAAUGCUUGAUGUCCCGAUAUCUGCUUCCCUGCAUAAGACCCUCAAUACGUGUCGUGGUGUGGUAGCUAUCGCGGAGUUGAUCGACGUCCCAGUAGAGGAGAUCCUUAUGAACCUAAAGGAACAGGCUGUAAUUGAUGUUCGAAAGCUGAAGAUUCGGAAAAAUAAUGAAUAUAUUACCACCAGAAACGUAGUCCUUACCUUCGACCGACCCUCACUGCCUGAUAAAUUGAAAGUUGGGUAUUUGUCUGCAUACGUCCGUCCAUAUAUCCCGAACCCUCUUCGUUGCUUUAAGUGCAACCGCUUUGGGCACGCUGCUGACGCCUGCCGUGGGUCACCAUGCUGUGCUCGUUGUGGCCAGCAGGGCCAUGAUACUAAAGAGUGUAGAGGGCCUGAUUGUUGUGUGAACUGCACUAAUGAUCACCCCUCUUACUCGAGAUCCUGCCCUAAGUGGAAAUUAGAGAAAGAGAUUCUACGCAUCAAGGUUACUGAAAACAUCAGCUACCCCGAAGCAAGGAGGAGAGUAUCCCCUUUCAUUACACAGAAAUCUUUCUCAGCAGUGCUUCAACAGAAACCAAAGAUGAUAACUGUACACACGCAAACAGACACUCCACCUAGAACUCAACUGUCAAGUGAAGACGGGGUGAAGACCGAGUCCCAUGACGAAAAUACGGUAGUGACUGCGAAAGCAGUCCUACCCUUGUCAUCACCCUCCAUUGAGGCGGGCUCUAUGGAGUGUGAUGAUGAUUCGAGCUCGGAGCUCUCCUUGGGGAGAGCUCCAGAUGGACCAGUUGACCUCCCAGAUGGUAACUUCCACAUGCUGAUUGGGGAAAGUUUUCAGAAAAUUGUGACCUAUCCUUAAUUGCUUUUGAUGAGAUAAGGAUUGAGGAAGCCAGUAACUUAAUCACGAACAUCAUCCAACAAGCAGCUACUCAAUCUAUACCACAAACGUCUCACCGUCUACCACGACGACCAAAGCCGUGGUGGACGAGUGAGUGUGAGGAGACUCGAAAACUUCAAAACCGUGCAUGGAAUAGAUUUCGGAGGUACCCCACUACCCAAAAUCUUCUACUCUUCAAAAGAGCAAGAGCAAAAGCCAGAUGGACAAGGAAACAAGCCAAGCGGUCCCCUUGGCAAAACUUUGUAUCAUCUUUAUCCCGCGAUACCCCAUCCAAGGUGGUUUGGGACAGGCUCAGAAAAAUUAAAGGUGAAUACGCAAAUUUUUGCAUUACAUUGCUGCAAAUCAAUGGCCGUUCAUGUGAAAGCUUAGAAGAACAAGCAAAUGUGCUUGGUCAACACUUUCGGGUUGUUCGCAUUAUAGUGCAGACUUCCUUAAACACAAAAACAUUGCCGAGAAACAGAAAAUUAGAAUGAAUGGUGGUGAUGACCAUUCAUAUAAUCAGCCGUUCAGCAUGGUGGAGCUUCUGCGAGCUUUAUCCUCUGCAAAGGCGACUGCACCUGGCCCAGAUAAUGUCAUGUACCCUAUGCUUCACCAUCUGUCAGACGAGUCAAAGGCAAUUUUGUUACACUUUUUUAAUCGGGUGUGGGUAGAAGGGACAUUACCAUCGUCUUGAAAAAUCGCUACGGUUAUUCCACUUCUAAAACCUGGCAAGGAACCAUCUUGUCCGAGCAGUUACAGACCUAUUGCUUUAACGAGCUGUAUAGGCAAGACCUUUGAACGAAUGGUAAAUGGUCGCCUUGUCCAUUUUCUUGAGGAAAACAAAUGUCUAUCAACACUGCAAUGUGGUUUCAGGGCGGGGCGUUCCACAAUGGAUCAUCUCAUUCGUUUAGAAACGACCAUUCGUGAAGCGUUUGUUAGAAGGCAGCACUGUUUAUCCGUCUUUUUUGAUUUAGAAAAGGCGUAUGACACUGCAUGGAGGUAUGGUAUUCUUCAGGACAUCUAUUCUUUUGACAUAAGGGGACGCCUACUUAGAUGCAUUGCCGAUUUUCUUCAAAACAGAAAAUUCAUGGUCCGGCUGGGCACUGUGUUGUCUCGUCCUUUCUGUCAGGAGAACGGAGUCCCGCAGUGAUCUGUUCUCAGUGUUACUUUAUUUUUAGUCAAAACGAACUCAGUGGCAUACGCCAUCCCACCUUCGAUAUCGUAUUCUCUCUAUAUAGAUGACAUACAAAUAUGUUGUUGUUCUGCAAACUUGACAAUAUGCGAAAGACAAGUGCAGCUGGCAAUAAAUAGGCUCAACAAGUGGUCAUCUGAAAAUGGGUUUAAAUUCUCGGCUGAAAAAACUGUGUCAGUCCUGUUUUCGAGGGUGAGAGGAAUGUUCCCACCACCAUCUUUACUUCUGGGUGGUCGCGAUAUCCAGGUAAAAUCCGAACACAAAUUUCUUGGGGUUACGUUUGACAGUAAGCUUACCUUCCUACCAGAUAUUAAAAAUCUCAAGACCAAAUGCAUGAAGUCUCUGAACCUCCUAAAGAUACUAUCUCACAGAUCCUGGGGAGCAGAUCGAGACACAUUACACAAGAUUUAUGUUUCCACAGUACGCUCUAGACUGGAUUACGCUUCAAUUGUCUAUGGAUCUGCCCGCCAAUCUGUACUAAAAAUUCUUGAUCCGUUGCAUCAUCAAGCGCUGCGUUUGAUAAUUGGUGCUUUCCGCACCACACCAGUUGAAAGCCUUUAUGUUGAAGGGAAUGAGUGGUCCUUGGAGAGACAGAGGAUGUACCUUUCAAUAUCAUCACAGGCCACAUGUGUCUAUCCGAAGUAUAAUGAAGGGUCUUGAGUGCGUCCAGAGGAAUUCCACUGUAACAAUGAUCAACGUCAGUGGACAUCAGUGGCUACAAUGGUUCUGAUUUAUUUUUGCCUACAUUACCAUCAUUAAUGCAUGCGCUCUUCACAUUUCUAAAAACUACAUGCAUGAGUGGCCUUACCUCGCCAGGAAAUUAUCGUCUUUGCCUUACAUUGGGGCUCUGGAGAAGGCAAACGCACAAAUUGUUUAUACGAAAAUGUUAUACAAGGUAGUCCGUAAAACAGCAACACCACGCUCUAGCCCCGAGCCAAGAGAUCGUAAUCUGAGUGAGGCCCUAACGCAUCUGUUCCUCGCAUUCAGGACAGAGGUGACAAUCGACAAAGGGUUAAAGAGCAAUAUUGUGGUAUCACACGGCAAGUGCCAACGCAAGCAUUAAAUAGGCGAUUAUCCCCGUGCAUCUGCGAGCACUUAAGUCCUUGCUAAGCAAAUACAGUGAGUAUUAGCAGUAUGUGCAAAUGCGAUUCUCCCUUUGUCAACAUUCGGGCGCCAAAGCUCGUAAACACCUCAAGACGACGCGUAAAACGUCAACCAUACAACGCUUAACACGCCCUUGUUGUGUGUAAAAUGGAAGAUCUAACAAAUCGAAGACAACGUGAUAUCAUAAUCUCACUUGUUCGAAAUGCCUCACCUUGUAACUGGCAAUUGAUGAGCAGUAAUUUCAGGCGUAACGCUAUGGCCAGCGGUCGCCACGGAGCAGCAUUUAGACCCGGAAGUGUUUCCUCCUCGCACCUUUCCUCCUCGUCGAGAGAACCGACAUCACCUAUUGGCUUGUGUUGGAUUCCAACUGGUUUGGGUUGGCUUAGAACUGGAUUGUGUUGGCUUAAAAGUGGAUUUUGGAUUAGAAUUGGAUUAGAAUCAGGGUGUCGAACCGCAACAAAUACGGGUUCGGUUCGGGUUCGGGUUCGCAUUGUUUUGAUUUCGUUCCGGUUCAGUUCCGGUUCGGCCACGCCAAAAACCGAACCGGUUCGCAAACCGGUUCGCAGCCCCGAACCGGUUCGCGAACCGGUUCAACGCUUCCGUUUUAUAUGUUCCAUAAAACUGCUUUUAUCAAGAAAUGCGUGGCUAAUAGCUUACUGGUGUUGUCUGCAUUGACGUCUCUAGAGGUGAGGUAGCCCUUUAGCGAGAAAUGGAUGAACACUUAUUGCAAAUAGAGUCCACGCUGUUGAAGCGGUGUAGUCCUGCUACUUUCUGUUCCCAAAAUCUCUUUUUUCACACGCACAGUGCCAGCAAGAUACACUUAAAGGAAGCCUAAUAAGAUGGACAGCGUAACAUAUAGACGACAGUACUUGCCGGCACACUGCCUUCGCAGCGUGAAUCGAUCUGAAACCGUACUGAAGCAUGUCGAAAAUAAGCCGCCAGCCUUACUCUGUCCGCGCUCACAGCAGUGUACUAGUUCAUCCACAACACAAAGGCAAUGUGUCACGACACAACUGCACUACCAAUAAGAAGAACCACAUUUACUUUUCAAACCACGACCAAUCAAACAGGCACCGUUCUGCGUACGCUCCUUCUCCACUUCUCAUGUUUCUGACUUGUUUAAUUUGUACUGCUCACGUGUAAAGGAAAAUCUUGGGCGCUUAUUUGAUCACAUAUUCGUCCUGUAGAGCUACAUAAUUGGCCUACUCCAUUCCUGUUUCCUUCGUCUUGUGACUUCCUUUGUUACUUAUGCUGUUCAUAAUUGUCACAAAAAAGGCGUACGCCUCCCGUUUUCAACAAAUCAGGGCAGAUAACGAUAUCAUUCGAGAUGGUGGUUGGCUAGGAGCGUGCUAUGCGGUGAAGUUCAUUUCUAAGGUCAUCCUGCCUCUACAUCACUUUGAAGUCCUCAACUCCCCUUUCUCCCAUUUUCUUUUCCUUUUUUUUUGGCUAUAGUCGUGACGAUGCCCACUUGAGUGCGGCCAACAACGGCAAGCUACCUCAACACCCCCCCCCCCUCAUUUCUAAGAGUGAUGGCACCUCUUCUCUGAAGAGUAGACGCCGCAUCACCGCGUGCGUGGGGCGCUAGCCGCGGCGCUCACAACGACAACUGCGCUUCAACGUGUUAAAAAGACACUGAAAGCAUACUUACUAUACGUCGUCGUCUGACUGCUAGGUGAAAAUUUCUGAAAUCCAUUAUAUAGGCGCGUGAUGAUGAUACCAAUGUGCCUUCGUUCGGGGAUAGGGAGGAACUCUUAUGCUGACUUCUUUUAUGUCCGAACCGUUUUGUUGCGAACCGGUUACCGCUAUUAUUUUUUACGGUUCUGCUCCGGUUCGGGUUCAGCAGUGUCAUGAAAAUUUCGGUUCGGGUUCGGGUUCGGUUCCGGCAAAAAUAACGGUUCGGAUACGGUUUUCGGUUCGGGUUCGGGUUCGGUUCGACACCCUGAUUAGAAUAGAAUUCCUUGAACUGGAUUACGAAAAGGACGUCGUUGUAUGUAACGGGGCAGUACUACUCACCUUCCUGGCCUAGCAGUUCCUGUUAUCUUGGACAGAGACUUCAUCAUCCGGCAGAAGUUGGUGGUGGACCUGCCCAAUGGAGGAUAUGUCUACUACGGCUCGUUGGGAUUUUUUCGCUUCGCCGCAGCACGGGACCACUGCACAGCACAGCAAGCUGUGGCAGCGUCCGUUGAAACGUCUGUGCUACCGACUGUCUUGGGGUCAUUCCGUGGUCCUGAGGAGCAACGCCGUCAGCUUGAACAAGUACUGCGGCAGUUUGACGGAAUCUUUACGGAAAAACCGGGUAAGUCGUCUGUGUUACAGCUUUAACUUUCACCAACCUUGGCGCAUUAUGACCUUCGUUGUCGCUGCGCCAAAAAAAUCCCAAUCAUCAUCAUCGUCUGUGUUACAGCACAGCAUAGACACCGGUAACGCUAGGCCCUGUCGUUGUAAUCCCAGACCACUGGGUGUGCAUAAGCGUGCUUUGUUAGACGCUGCUCUUGACAAAAUGCUCCAAACCGGUGCAAUUCAAAGAUCUCAGAGCCCUUGGGCAUUUUCUGUUGUUCUGGCUCCAAAACGAGAUGGUACGGCUAGGUUAUGCGUCGACUUAACGCAGUAACUGUAAGGCACUCUUAUCCCUUCCCGUCCAUUGAGUCAAUCUUGUAUUGCCUGGGCAACGCAACUGUGUUUUCAAUGCUUGAAUGUAGUCGAGGAUUUUUGCAAAUCCAAGUUACCUAGGAGGAUGUCCCUAAAACAGCCUUUACGUGUCAUAGAGGUUUGUUCGAAUUUGUACGAAUGCCUUUCGGUCUGUCUAAUUCACCCGCCAGUUUCCAGCGGUUGAUGGAUACAGUGUUGGGAGAUGCGAAGUACAAUUUCGCAAUGGCAUACAUGAAUGAUGUCAUAGUGUUUUCCAGAAAUUUUCAGGAACACUUGGAACACCUGUCAAUCGUCCUUGCAAGGAUGAGUGAAGCGGGCAUUACGAUCAACCCCCGCAAGGAGCAGCUGGCAUCGUCUAGGAUCAGCCCUCUCGGCUUUGUGGUGGACGGAGGUACCAUCCGUGCAAAGCCACUGAGCUCCAGUCCCCAGUUGCAGUCGUUGCCAGAUGCAGUCCGACAUUAUCAGGCUUCUUCAAGCAAAUUGCGGAGCAAUAUUAAUGUCAUGUUGUUUUCGUUACCGCAGUCAUUCUGUGUACGUCUUGCUUGCAGAACCGUAUGUCGAUCAAUAAAAUACUUCAUGUGACAA